AUGGAUACUUCUCCAGCCAGCCAACCGACGUCUAUCACCCAGCCUAAAGACCCACCCACAGAAAUAAGGCCACCAGUGGUCCUUCCACCUGACCCAAAAAUCUCCUUCUCCACUGCUCUUAUAGGAACCACAAGCACCUGCAACACAAUCAACACCAGCACUGUGGUGGCAAGGCAAACGACUCACAACAGGAAACCUGUUGUUAUCUUCAAAGCCUCCGACUACUAUGGUGUAAUGGCGGAGAAUUGUAAAUGGACUUUGGUCAGAAAAUUCACCAUGGGAAGACCCAAGAUUGAAACAAUUAGGGCAAAAUUCAUUGAACAAAUUCCUUUGAAAGGAAAGGUAAGAAUUGGGGCUUAUGACUAUAAACAUGAUUUCAUUGAAUUUAACAAUGAAACAGACUUGAACACUCCUUACUUCCAACGAUUUAUGGGAAUUUAUGGAGCCUUACUGAGGAUGUUCAAAUGGUCUCCUGACUUCAACCCCAAUGAGGAAACUUCCUUGGCUCCCAUUUGGAUUUUAUUACCAGAACUCCCUUUCCAUAUGUUUAAAUGGGAGUACCUAAAGCAAGUAUUAGAACAAAUUGGCACUCCAAUGAAGGAGGACAUUGCGACCAUUGCAAGAACUAGAUCACACAUGGCCAAAGUCAGGGUAGAAGUCGAUCUGAUGAAAUCACUUCCAGACUCGGUGUUCAUCGGCAUUGAAGGCGAUACAACAAGAUUGAAGGGCAAAGAUCAAAAACUAGAAUACGAGGGUGUCCCAACAUUCUGUAAGACAUGUAAACUAUAUGGACACGAUUAUGAAAGAUGCAAGGUUGAGGCAAGAAAGAGAGAACAAGCCAGAGCCAACCAAGAAACUAAAAAUGCUGAGAAAAAAGAAGACGAAGCAAGAACUAAUAUUGCUGGAGAAAUAGGAAUUAAGGUUACUGAGGGGACACAGACUCAUAUUGAAAAUCAAAAGGACGAUGGAUUCAUACAAGUUAAAAACAAGAGGAACAGGAAAAAAAAGACCUUCCAGGCAGAGAGCUCAAAUGUCAAUAAUAAUGAGACCAAAAAAGUUGUUUUGAAUCAGCUACAACCUCCACACGACCAGACAACUCUUAAGAACAGAAAUACCCAAGCAACAUAA